CCCCUGUUUAGGUGUUUAUGYAGAACAGUUCAGCUCGAAUUCCUUCGCGCGCACAUGAAAAAACGUGCGUGGCCAUAAUUGUCGGCUGCACACCCAAAAAUAUUACCCGCAAAGUUAUGCGCGGAACAAUCAGCUAGCUAGCCGCGGCUAGCCGCUGCUAAACAUGCUACCGCUUCUCUCUGCAGCUGAAAUAUAUAAACCUCGGUGAGGCACACAGUUUUUUGUAGUUUGUUGCCUUAAGUCUGCGUCUUUUUACUGUGCUGUAAACAACGUCCACAUCAGUCGUGGAGCCAGCUAGCAUGUGACCGAUGCCAGUGAAGUUGAAAAGAGGAGCUACAUUCAAAUUCGACACGAUUCUUCUCUGCAGGAAAACUAGUCGAGAAGAACUAGCUAAGGUGCCCACAUUCUGCUGCAGAGGAGAGAGCACCAGGAUGAAGAGACUGUAGGCACCCGCCGUAGUAUGGCCGCGUCCCGUUCUUCGCGUGUCACAAGGUCAUCAGUAGGGCUCAAUGGAUUGGAUGAGAACUUUUGUGGUCGAACCCUCAGGAACCGCAGCAUCGCCCAGCCAGAGGAAACCUCUGUGUCUCCGCUGCCAAGGGCACGCUCCCCCAAGAAGAAGCAGGACGGCAAGCCGGACGCCAAGCAGGAGUCGAAGCAGAACGCCAAGCAGGACAGCAAAUCGGACGCCAAGCAGCACGCCAAGCAGGAGUCGAAGCAGGACAGCGAACCGGAGGCCAAGCAGGAGUCGAAGCAGGACAGCGAACCGGAGGCCAAGCAGGAGUCGAAGCAGGACAACGAACCGGAGGCCAAGCAGGAGUCGAAGCAGGACGCUGAGCAGGAGUCGAGGCUGGAGUCGAAUGACAUCAAACAAAACAACAAGCAGAACGCCAACGAAGAGUCRAACCCAGAUUCUGGGCUGGAGUCGGAGCACGAUGUUAAACAGGACGCAAAACCCCAGGAGACUCGCCUGCAGGAUAGUCAACAACAGGACUUGUUGCAGAGAAACGUGAACGACUCCUGCGCUGUACCGGGUGAUGCGGAUCAAUCGAACAUUUGCAGGAAGCGGGGUGCAUCCUGUUUGGAAAAAGACAUCGGUCAAGAGAAGCACGAGAACUCUGACCCGGUGAAAGAGCCGCGGGAUACCUCUCCUCAAAUCAAAAGGGCCAAGCGGUGCUCCCGCUCUGGAGAACCUCAGGGACAGGAAGAGGACCACGGGUUUAUGAAACCUGAAAGUCCAGUCUCUGUCCCAGAGCCUCUUAAGAACGUCAUCUGUGAAAGAUCGCCCAACGCGGCGCCCGCUUCGCCGGAUCUCUGUACGCUGGAAAGUGACGGAAUGGGGCGGAYGGUGGAGAAGCGCAGUCAUGUGGAGUGUGACGAGGCGUUUUCACCCCAAAACUCCCACAAGGCUUCUAACGGACUCAGAGACACUGACGUAGACAAAUCUAGCACACUUACUGAACAGACUAGUGUUAACCCCACCUCUGCCGCUGUUCUCUCGUCGCUGCUAAACGGCAGCCAGAUGGGGGUUCCCUUGUUCCCCGACCCCUCUGUGCCUUUUAGAAACUCUGUCCCCGGGCAAAGGGAGGCGCCCGGCUCAGGGGAACUGUCGGCCUCGCUGGCGUCAACGUUCGUAGGUGCUUCAGAGGAUCUCGUUCCCGACUUGAUCGUGGCCAAAGAGCAGGAGGUGGAGGAGGUGGAGGUCGACGUCGUGGGCGAUUCGUUGUGCGUCGCUCAUGAGGAGCAGGUGAGCGACAGCAACACGAACGGCCGACCGACGUCGCCGGCGCGGGACGCCGCAGGCUCCGCCUCCUCCUCUGCUUCAAACACAAACUGUAGUUCAAUCAACAACACCAACUCAGGAGAAACUACACCCCUACUGACAACACCCACCUCCCCCUCCACAGAACCAGGGUGCAGCCCUUCCAUAUCCAGCGUGUCCCCGUCUUUCACAGAGCUCUACGAACACAGAUACACCCUGAGGACUUCGCCCAGGAGGGUCGCCUCUGGCGGCAAGGCGUCACCCUCCAAACCCGGCUCUCCUCUGACAGAUAACGGACCUUUAAGGGAGGAGGGAGAGGCGGAGGAGGAUUGUCCCGUGGCAGAGGAACCGGUUUGCUCGGACUCGCUYGGCCUUUUUGGCCAGGAGGAGUCAGUUUCUGUGAAUCCUGAACACRGGGACGGUGAUAAAGAUGGUGGCUUUAUGGAAGACCAGGAGCUGAGAGGAAACCAGGCUGCGGACGAGGAAGAGGAGGAGGAAGAGGAGGAACCAGAUGUGUAUUACUUUGAGUCGGACCACCUGGCACUUAAACACAAUAAAGAUUAUCAGAGACUGCUGCAAACCAUCGUAGUGCUCGAGGCUCAGCGCACGCAGGCCAUUCUUGACCUGGAGACGUUGGCUCGUCAUCAGAGAGAGGCGCUCGGCGAUCCCAUCGGCUUUGUAGAGCAGCUGCAGAAACAGGUGAACCUGGGCCUGCCGUGUCCUCAGCGUGUCGUUCAGCUCCCCGACAUCGCCUGGGAGCAGUACACCUCAGGCCUCGGGGAUUUCGAGAGAGAGUUCUGCGACAAGAAACGGAAAACGCGGCAGCUGAAGUUGAUCUUUGAUAAAGGUUUGCCCCUCAGACCAAAAAGUCCCGUCGAACCCAAGAAGGAAGGUGAAUGCUCCAGCACGUACUCCUCCCUCCCCAUGAGCGACGCCCCGGAGAACGCCGGGCAGACACAGAUGAUCAGGGGGAGGAUUUGUCACCCAAAUAAGCCUCAAACGUUUAACCAGCUGUGGACGGUGGAAGAACAGAAAAAACUGGAGCAGCUUCUUGUGAAGUAUCCACCCGAGGAAAUCGAGUCCAAAAGAUGGCAGAAAAUUGCAGACGAGCUCGGCAAUCGAACGGCCAAGCAGGUUGCCAGCAGAGUUCAAAAAUACUUCAUCAAACUGACAAAAGCUGGUAUUCCUGUGCCUGGAAGGACACCCAACCUCUACAUGUACACUAAAAAGGCCUCCAGUAAGAAGCAGCACCACCUCAACAGGCACCUGUACCGCCCCUCCACCUUCCUGACGUCGUACGAGCCGCCCGUCUUCAUGGACGAGGACGACGAGCGCUCGGCGUAUUACGGCGGCGUUCAGGACCCUUCUGCUGACGACUCGGAUGAGGAGAGCGUGCCUGUGGAGUUGAGAAGCCUACCGGAGUACAAAGAGCUUUUAGAGCUGAAGCGCUUGAAAAAACAAAAACUGCAGGAGAUCCAGGAGGAGAAGUCUGGGGUGCAGCACGUAGGAUUCAAGUGUGACGUCUGCGGCAUGGAGCCCAUCCAGGGGGUGAGAUGGCACUGUCAGGACUGUCYGCCAGAAAACGCUGUUGAUUUCUGCUCCAACUGCUCAGACUGUCUGUUCAAGACGGAGACCCACAAACUGAACCACCACCUGGAGCCGGUGUAUCAGCCAGAAACCUUCGUGGACAGGGACUACUGCCUGCCGCAGAGCACGGGCUACAACUACCUGGACCCUAAUUACUUCCCGGCCAACAGAUGACAGGGUCCCAGGCGCCCCUAGCUCCAAGCUCUCUCUCUCUCUCUCUCCUCGUAUCCCACAGGCCACUCUGUAUGGCUCCAUCCUCCAAGUCCAAGAUAACCAGGCGGGGAGGCCAGCUGGCACGUAGACCACACGUCAGGCAGCGUUUGUGGGGGAGGCAGACCUCAGAGCUGCUGCCGGUGUGGAGCUGAUGUGACUCGACCCCCCCAAACAAAACCAAACGAGUUCCCUGAAACACCUCAGCCAGGUUAAUAACAGUGAUUUGAAAAGAUUCACUAUUUAAACAACAAACGAACAGAAGGUUCAUGACAUUCCUGAGCCCAGGAGAGCCGUCUGUUUCCCAGCUGCCCCCCACAUUCUCCUUCACGCGCCCCCCCCCCCCUCGUGCUGCUUCUAAACUGGAGACAUGUUGGACUGUCAGCUCAUCAGCUGCACUUAGGUGGAUUUAUGUGUGUAUGUUUUAUGCAAGAGUGAAAAAAGUAUUUUAGAUUUGAGUAUUUAUGAGUCACUGUCAGAACCGUGGAGCAGACUAUGAAGUUCCUGUUGGUUUGUACGAUGCUCGUCAGCAGUUUCAACAUGAAGUCAUCCCUAACACUGUCACACAAAGCUGCUCCCCACUCAUCGUCACCAACCCCGGACACACACACACACACACACACACACAGAUACACAUCCGUUUCCUUCGCUCUCUUCACUAAAACACGUCUAACGAGAAAAGCACUACAACACAGAGAGCUGAUUUUUCUUUUUGAGAACGUGGGGAGAAAAACACACACGGAGCUGUGUUUUGUUUUGUUUUUCCUCCCAGUGUGUGCCGUCGUCGAUCAUGUUGGCUGUUCACGUAUAUUGUGGAAAAGUGACAAAGUAGCCACCGCUAGUCGCUGUGUGCCAUUAAAAUAAAAGCAAAGCAAAGAAAAAAAAGAUUUUUACUUUUUGGCAGAAGGAGCGACCCCGAACCUCAACCACUUCUCCUCCUCCUCCUCCUCCUCCUCCAUCAUCCCACUCUGUCUUUAUUAACCCCAUCAUCCCCCCAAUCCGGAUCCGUCAUUUUGCAAACCACUUUAAAAGUCCGUUUAAAAGAUUGUAUUUUUAUUAAUCUAUUUAAAAACAAAUAAUGAGGUAGUGGUUGUUGCCUCGGCAGUGGAACGACCCACACAGUUUUAUAUACAUAGGUUUUUGUUGUGCUUGAGUAGACACCAUUUUGUAUGGUUUUUGUCUCCUUCCCUCACCCCCCUCCCCCAGCUUCAGUAUCUGUGUAUUCCAGUCUGUUCUUAUGUAAAAAUUAUUAAUAAUGUAAAAAAAAAUAAUGCUAGAGGAGAACCGUGGAAAUAAAGGUAUGUGAAAAAUGUUUUUA